UAUGACAGCAAUCCUGCCGACUCGCCCUGCUGUUGCGUGUUCAGUCAGAGUGCUGAAGGCGAGAAUUUGAGCUGCGAGCGCGGACGGGAACGGGUGCGUGCGCGCGCUCCCUCCCCUCCCCCCACCGUGGCCAUGAUAGUUGGUUUUGUCAAAACUGUGUUCGUCAGGUUCAACUCCAGCCAUGGUUUCCCAGUGGAGGUUGAUUCAGACACCAGCAUCUGCCAGCUCAAGGAGGUGGUUGCUAAGCGACAGGGAGUUCCAGCUGACCAGUUACGUGUGAUUUUUGCAGGGAAGGAGCUUAGGAAUGACUUGACACUGCAGAUUGUAAGUGCUGGGAUAGUUCAUUACCACCAGAAGGAAGAGAACUGGGGAGAAAAGUGGCAGCCCCAGAAUGAAAGACACAGACUUCAAGAUAACUGUGACCUGGCCCAGCAGAGUAUAGUUCAUAUUGUUCAGAGUCCCCUAGACAGUGGUCAGAAAAGGACUGACGUUGAAACUGCCAACGCUGGAGGGCUGGCUGUUAUUCUGGAUACUACAGACAACAGCAUUUCCCUUCCAUCUGCUAAAUCAGGUGCAGCUAGUUACAACAGUUUUUAUGUUUUCUGCAAAAGUUUCUGCCAAACUGUGAAGCCUGGGAAACUGCGGGUCCGCUGCAGUAUGUGUAAAGAAGGGACGCUGACUCUGACAAGGGUAAGCAAGAGAAUUCAAGUUUUUAAAGAGGGUCCAUCUUGCUGGGAGGAUGUGCUGAUUCCAAACAGAAUAGCUGGCACUUGCCAAUCCCGGAACUGCCGUGGAGAUAUAGCGGAGUUUUAUUUUAAAUGUGGAGCACACCCAACUUCUGACAAUGAAACAUCUGUGGCUUUGAACCUCAUUACAACAAACAGCCGGCAUAUCACAUGUAUAACGUGCACAGAUAUUAGAAGUCCUGUGCUGGUGUUCCAGUGCUUGCAUCGCCAUGUCAUUUGCCUAGACUGCUUCCAUUUAUACUGUGUGACUAUGCUGAAUGAUCGCAAAUUCAUCCAUGACCCUGUGCUUGGCUACUCUCUCCCAUGUGUUGCUGGCUGUCCAGAUUCCUUGAUUAAAGAGCUUCAUCACUUCCGAAUUCUGGGAGAAGAACAGUACAACCGCUACCAGCGCUAUGGUGCAGAAGAGUGUGUGCUGCAGAUGGGCGGAGUGCUGUGUCCUACUCCAGGAUGUGGUGCUGGCCUGCUUCCUGAACCAGAAGUGAGAAAAAUCGUGUGUGAGCCAAGCAAUGGACUGGGCUGUGGGUUCGUGUUCUGCCGUGAAUGUAAAGAAGAAUACCACGAUGGGGAAUGCAGCACUCUCCUCAGUUCACAGGAAGCCAUAGCCCAGAAGGGAUAUAAGAUUGAUGCGCAUACAGCCAUGCAAGCACGGUGGGAGGAGGCAUCCAGAGAAACAAUCAAGAAAACAACCAAACCAUGUCCUAGUUGCCAUGUACCAAUAGAAAAAAAUGGUGGAUGCAUGCACAUGAAAUGUCCUCGAGCUCAAUGCAGAUUUGAGUGGUGCUGGAACUGUGGUUUAGAGUGGAACAGGACCUGCAUGGGAGACCACUGGUUUGACUAAUAGUUCAGUAGUGCUAAGAACAGCCAACCACUUGAUUGUUGUCUGGGUCAAAUCCUGAACUCUUUGCUUAGGCUUAACUCCCAUUGGCUUCUGGAUCAAGGAGUUCAGAAUCAGGCCUACUAUUUGUUUGUUUAUUUCCUUAUAUAUCAGAGCACACCAAAAAUUGAGCUCAGGUAAUCUUAAGAGUGUUAAACCCACAAAGGCAGGAGAAAUUCAGAUGGCCAGACUCACGAGUGCUGGCACAGGAGGGGUAAAUUAUAUCUCCCUGCACCAGGGCAUCCUACUGGUAUAUAAGGCAGGCAACGUUACCACCAGCAACUCUCCUUGGGUUUCAGUUCUUUUGGUUAUGAUCAGGGCUCCAUAAAUCUCACUGGCAAAAGCAGCAAUGUGGGUAUGCACUGAAUCAGAGCUGCCCUUUCUCAGUUAGCACAAUCAAAUUUGGGGGAAAUUCUGGCUCUUUACACCUCCCUUAGUGGAAGGGAGGCUGUGGCAAUUUUCUGCCUUUGCAGUCUUCUUCCCUGACAGAUUAUCAGCUGGGGCCCUGACUCUGACCCAGAAUCUUAGUAAAAACUGCAGACUGAGACAUCCUAGUUGUGCCUGUAUAUUUGAAACAUAUGUUAUGAAAUAUCACUCAAUAUAUUCCUUACAGAUUCAUAUCAUAUGCAGCUAUUACAGGAUUAGUGAAAGAUGCAGUUUCAGCCUUAACGCUGAAUGUUUUUGCUGUGGUGGCUGCAAAUCGGAGUAACGGUGUUAUAUGAGUGAGAUUCCUGAGAUUUUGUUUCUUUUGUUUUGCCUACCGCAAUAUUUUUGGCAUGAUAUUGGGGCAGCUUCUUGGGGCUUAUUAUCAUGAUGGUGGUUCUCUGGAGAUUUAUUAGAAUUUGGGUGUAAUUAUGAAAAAGUGUUCCCUGCAUAAACUAUCAAGGCACCUGCAUUCAUUUUGGUGAGUGCAUGUUAAUAGGAGUGCACCAGGUAUUUGCCACACCUCAAAAUCUGAACAUCCUUAUUAUCUCACCUGCUUUAAACUGUUUUGGUUUGUUUUUAUUAAACACCAAAAGGCCGGUCACAGGCUAUGUAAAGAUUUGCACAACUCACUUAAAUUACAGAAGAAGAAUAAAGCAGUUGAAAUGA